CCAACGCCCCUUUUUUCCUCUCCCUCGCCGGCGAGCCCUCGGAGCCCCUCGCCGCGUGUCGACCACCGCAGCGGCGGCGAUCUUGCCGAUGGACGGCCGCGAUGGAUACUCCGACUCUCCAUCACAAAAGAGAGACCGAAAGACUUCGUCGGGGGAGGUUACGAAACAUACUAUUAAAUGGGGAGCGACCAGGAGAGAUUUCAGCUCCGCCGUUACUCCUAAAAAUACGAAGCAAAAAGGAAUAAAUUCUUAAAAAGGGUGAUCAUAGUUUGCAAGCAACAACCCAACAAGUUAUUGCAUGUAAGGUUUCCUCCCCUCGCCAUAAAUUGACAGGACUGGAGUCGGGAAACCUUCCUUCGGGGUGGAACCCACACAAGCAUUCCUGAGGAUUCCUCGAAGGAAUUGGAGGUAAUGAUGUGGCAUCCGUUUCUGGUUCUCUUGCUGCUGCAUGGAGCUUCUGCAGCUGGGGAUCAGUUGGCGGCACAGCCCGCACCUGGGGACCCUGCGAAUGCAAAGCCAGCAGCUGCGAGACCCCAGGCGGCAAAGUGGAAGACAUUGAGCGGUAAUGCUCCAUUGGUCAUAGCACGUGGUGGCUUUUCAGGGAUCUUUCCUGAGUCUAGCCAGUUCGCAUACCAGUUUGCAUUGGCAAGCAGCUUGAAAGAAACUGUUCUAUUGUGUGAUCUGCAAUUGACCAAAGAUGGGGCUGGUAUUUGCCUUUCAGAUUUGAAGCUUGAUAAUUCAACAACUAUAUCGAGUGUAUUUCCAAAGAGAGACACAACUUACUCUGUGAAUGGACAGUCUCUUAAGGGAUGGUUUUCUGUGGAUUUUACAACGGAUGAGUUAAUCAGCAAUGUCACAACAAUUCAAAAUAUCUUCUCUCGGCCAAGUUUAUUUGAUGGCAACCUGCCAGUAUCCUUGCUUCAGGAGAUCUCAGGGUUUCACCCAUAUCAGUUUUGGUUGAAUGUGCAGUAUGACAUGUUCUAUAAGGAACACAAAUUGGACCCAGCAAAAUUCAUAUUAACAGCAUCAGAAAAAAUGGACUUUGAUUACAUCUCUUCUCCGGAAAUUGGUUUCUUAAAGAGCCUUAAUGGGAAGUUUGGGAAAGCCAAGACAAAGCUCAUCUUCCGGUUUCUAGAUGCUGAUGCAGUCGAACCCUCAACUAAUCAAACAUACAGCUCAAUCUUAAAAAGUCUUACAGCAAUCAAAUCAUUCGCUUCUGGAAUUCUUGUUCCUAAAAGCUAUAUUUGGCCUGUUAAUAAAGAUAAGUAUCUAGAGUCUGCUACUACUCUUGUAACAGAUGCUCACAAUCUAGGACUAGAAGUGCAUGCAUAUAAUUUUGCAAAUGACCAGCCUGCGAGCUACAAUUACAGCUUUGAUCCUACAGCCGAGUACUUGCAGUUUAUUGAUCACUCAGACUUCUCUGUCGAUGGUGUGCUCACAGACUUCCCUUCCACAGCAUCAACAGCUGUAGCUUGCUUGGCACAUAACAAGGAUAAUGCUGCUUCUAACAAAAAGAGACCACUAAUUAUAACACGCAAUGGUGCAAGUGGAGUCUUUGCUGGAUGCACUGAUCUUGCUUAUCAGCAAGCAGUAGAAGAUGGAGCCGACAUAAUUGAUUGUUCUGUCCAGAUGUCAAAAGAUGGAGUGGCCUUCUGCUUGGAUUCAGCAGAUCUAGUGGGAGACACAACAGCAAUGGAUUCUUUCAUGUCACGAUCAGCUUUGGUGCCUGAGAUACAAAAGAACAAUGGAAUCUUUUCAUUCGAUCUCACAUGGAGUGAGAUUGAAAGUUUGAAGCCUUUGCUAGCAAAUCCAUUUUCUAGCACUAAUCUGGUGAGGAAUCCAGCUGCAAAAAAUCAGGGCAAAUUCAUGACACUGGCCAAAUUCUUGGACUUUGCGAAGACCAGCACUGUCUCUGGGAUCCUAAUCAGCAUUGAGAAUGCUCCAUAUCUUGCUUCCAAGAAGGGACUUGACAUAGUUAAUGCAGUCUCCAGUGCCUUGAUAAAUGCCAGCUAUGAUAAACAAACCACUCAGAAGGUUCUCAUCCAGUCUGAUGACACUUCAGUCCUCUCCACGUUCAAGAACAGUUCCAGCUACAAGCGAGUUUUCAAAGUGGGGGAGACAAUAAGUGAUGCUUCAAAAUCAGCUGUGGAUGAGAUCAAGAAAUAUGCAGAUGCAGUUGUUGUCAGCAAAACUUCCCUUAUUGCUAGCUCAAACUCUUUCCUUACUGGUUUUACUGCAGUCAGAGAUAAGAUGCAUGCAGCAAACCUCUCUAUCUAUGUCUUAGGGCUGAGGAACGAGUUUGUAAGUAUACCUUUUGAUUGCUUCUCAGAUCCACUUGUGGAAAUGGCUACUUAUGCUGCAGGGCUUGGAGUUGAUGGGAUAAUAACUGAAUAUCCUGCAACUGUUAGUGCGUACUUCAGGAGCCCAUGCUCUGAUAUGGAAGCCAAUUUGCCAUUCACAAUCUUAGGGGUGGAGCCUGGUUCCCUUCUCAAGGAGGCUCAACCAGAAGUACUUCCUCCAGCCCAAGCCCCUGCCCCUGCUCUUGAUGCUGUUGACAUUGUGGACCCACCACUGCCUCCGGUUGUCAAAAUCUCCGAGACGGCACCGGUUGCAGCACCAGCAAGUUCUCCAACUCAACCAAGUGGUCAACCAGCCAAUGCGGCAAAUGCUGCUCUAUGCCUCCUAACAGUGAUGCUCAGUUUCAUUUAUUUGAGCUAUCAGUGAUAAGGCAGGCCUUUGCAUUGUAUUUUUCUUGUUGUUGCUUAUUUAAUUUAAUUUGUAAUCGUUUUACAAUGUUUUCUGAACAAGCUGGUUCUGUAUCAAAUUGACAGAUUUAUACUAGAUCAGAUCAUUGAAGCAUG